AUGUGGCGCUUAUUCAGUUUUGAGGUUCAAUACAGAACCCCACCUGUUGAGAGGUUAAGCUUUCACCUGUCGGAUUGCCAAUCAGUUGUUUUCCAAGAUGAUGAUAGCGUUGACCGUGUUCUGAAUAGAGAGACAGUUGCACAAAGUAUGUUCAAUGAAUGGUUUGUAGCAAAUCAAAAAUACCCAGAAGCCAGGUUGUUAAGUUACAUUGAGAUGCCUACAAAAUUUGUUUGGAAAAAGGACAUUCGUGAAUGGCAUCCGAGAAAGAAAGGUUUCACCAUUGGUCGCAUAUUCUAUGUUCCACCAGCAUCUGGUGAAAUAUAUUAUUUAAGGUGCUUAUUGAAUGUAGCCCGUGGUCCUACAAGUUUUAAAGAUAUUAGGACAUAUAAUGGGGUUGAGUAUACUACAUCUAGGGAUGCAUGUUAUGCUCACGGCCUGUUGGAUGAUGAUAAAGCGUAUAUUGAUGCUAUAGUAGAAGCCAGUUAUUGGUCUACUGCUCAUUCAAUGAGGAAAUUGUUUGUUGUGCUAUUAACCUCGAGUUCGAUGAUUAGGCCGGAAAAUGUUUGGAAUGAGGUGUGGCAACAUUUGUCAGAGGAUGCUCAACAUUAUCAAAGAAGAAUACUACAACAAUCAGAUUUGGUUUUAACAGAUGAAGAGAAGAAAAAUUUUGGAUUAAUUGAGUUGGAGAAAUUGCUGGAACUACAGAAUAGAUCUUUAAAGGACUUCCCCCCGAUGCCUAUUCCAGACAUUGUUAACACAAGAUUGGUUCAAAACAGAUUGGUGUUUGAAGAAGUAUCUUAUGAUCGUGAGUUUUUACAACAAGAAGCUCAAGAGUUGUGUGCUAAGUUGACGGAAGAGCAGAGAUCUAUAUAUGACACCGUUUUAAAAGAUAUUUCAGGUAAUCUGGGUGGAUUAUUUUUUGUGUAUGGUUAUGGUGGCACUGGCAAAACAUUCUUAUGGAGAGCAUUGUCAUCCACUUUACGAGGUAAAGGGAAAAUUGUUUUAAAUGUGGCAUCAAGUGGUAUAGCUUCAUUGUUGUUACCUGGUGGACGAACUGCACACUCAAGUUGCAAGGUACUGAGGCUCACGAAGAACUUGCGUCUGAAUACUGUCAAAGACACGGUAGAACAACAAGAUUCAGAACAAUUUGCAGAUUGGAUAGCUUCUAUUGGCGAUGGGAAAAUUGGUGGACCUAAUGAUGGUUAUGCAGAAGUUGAAAUACCCAAUCAUAUGUUACUAUCGUCAGAUGGUGACCAUAUUGAAACCAUUGUUAGAAGUACAUUUCCUAUGUUUGCCAAUGGUAAUUCUGAUGCAAGUUAUCUUCAAGGGCGUGUUAUACUAGCACCUACACUGGACGUAGUGAACUCAGUGAAUGAAUAUAUGAGUGAGUUGCAUACGGCUGAAAGUAUAACAUAUUUUAGUUGUGACACAAUAUGCAAAGCUGAUGCAAACGCUGGAAUACUGGGUGAUGUACACACACCGGAAUUUUUGAACGGCAUUAGAGCUUCAGGCGUACCAAACCAUUCAUUAACUUUAAAAAUUGGCUCACCAGUCAUGUUGUUAAGAAAUGUCGAUCAUUCAGUUGGAUUGUGUAAUGGUACGCGGUUGGUAAUCACCAAGUUAGCAGACCGUGUAAUUGAAGCCGAGUUAAUGGAUGGUGCUAACAAAGGAACAAAAGUGUUGAUCCCUAGAAUGUCAAUGUCACCAUCUGAUACCAGAGCUGACUCAGCUACUCAUCCUGCUUGCCCACCGCUCUUAUUACGCCCGCGCCUCACGCGCUUCUGGGUCGAGAUAUUUUUUCUUCCCAAAUCCAAUGGAAAAGAGCUACGGGAGUUCUUUUACACGCGCAGGGAGUAUCGUGGGUGGCUACUAGUCACGUGUGUUGGUCUCUUUGGACGGAUCUUCGGGGAUUAA